AUGGCAACGGGCUGGCAGGAUUUAGCAAGCGAGCUAGUCGAAGUUCUAUCAAGUCGUGUCCGUAAAUUACUGUCUUCCGGAAUCAACUUCUUGGCUACCGAGUUUGGGCUGGAAAUAAGUUUUAAACCCGAGCUUUACCCAUCAUGGGUAAUUUUGUCUACAACAUGUAUGGGGUUGCUGUUGGUGGUUGUGCUUUCGUGGCUCAUGGCCUGUGGCAGACUGCGAAGCAAAAAACGGAGCUCUGUUGUUCCAAAUGAGAGUAACAUAAAAGUUAUCGAUAGCCCAAAGCCCCAAAUGAGCAAGAUUACGAAAAUCGACGACCAAAAGAAGAAGAACAAGAAGAAACCCGCUGACAAGAAGGUCCAACCAAAUGCAAAUGGGCGAACUGUGCCAGAACCACAAGCGGAAAUAAAAGUUACCGAGGAGGCACCUAAACAGCAACCAGAUAAGGCUGAUAAAGCCAAGAAAAACAAGAAAAAGCCAAAACCUGAAGUGAAGCAAAACCAAGGUGUGGUUACCCUGAAUGGGAAAGAACUGGAUGAAGGUGCUUGGGAAACUAAGAUCAGUAACCGAGAGAAGCGUCAGCAACGCAAGAGGGAGAAGGGCUCCAAUGAUGGAUCCGGAAGCCCAGGUAGAGCAGAUCGCCCCAGCCAUCAGGCAGAGCAGUCCUCGGCACCAGCACCCGUCAGCACGAAAAAGAACAAAGCAGCCUCGGCUAACUGGAAAGAUGCUAAUUCCAUUAAUGGUGGGACAUUGACCAAUCAAUCUGUGAAGCUGUCCACCCAGAAGAGCACCUCGAAGGCUGAGAAGUGGCCAACAGCCACGAAGACCUCCGGUCACAAGAACCCAGAGCCCGUGGCCUGGGGACAGGAGUCUGAAGGGUCUUGGACUGGUGUGAAUAGAAGACUGAAGACGGAACUCCAGCCAGUAAACUUUUCCAUGCUUGGUUUAAAUCCUUCAGGUGGAGAGCCAGUGACUCAGAACGUCCCUGACUUGCAGUGGGACACCCCUGCCACUGCAGAUAAUGAAUGGUCUGGCUUCAAUGGUUUGGCAGACAACCAAAAUUCAGACUGGAAUGCUCCCACUGAGCCUUGGGUCAACUAUGAGCCCACAGUGGAGACAGCAGCUCCAGCAGAGGUCUCUGUCUCCCAGCCGCCUGGAUUGCAGGAAUCAGAUGACAAUAAAGAGCAAGGGGAUGCUACUGGAAAUGCCAAAUCCAAAAGGAAGAGGAAAAAGAAAAAGAAACCAGAAGGUGAAAGUGCCGGAGAGCAGGUGAGCACAAGCUCAGUCUCACCACCAGAGGGCACACUUUUGAAGUCACCCUCUCUGGUUCAGAAAGAGGAGCCCCUGCCACAGAUGCCAGCCACCAAGCAGAUCAUCAACGUAACAUCCAUGAAAAAACCUGAACAGAACACAGAACCUCCAAAACAGGCCCAGAGGAAAAAGUCCCGGAAGGAGACAUGAAACCUUACCUACAGCCAAGAUGAUAUAUGCAAAAGGAUUGUUAAAAAUGUAUAUGCAAUAAUUUCCGAGUGUAGAAUUUUGUACAAAUAAAUGUACUGUGCUUUUCAAAAUUAAAAGAAAAAAAAAAAAAGCAGCAGCUAGGCUGAGUUGGACCAGCUCAGCCUCCAGAUUCAGCUGACGCGAAUGGUCCAAUGAACUGAAUUUAACUGAUGUGCACUAUAUGCCACACUGCAGUGUGGACAGGAAAAACAAAUCGUCCUUGAUACCUGAUAGAUUUAACAGUGUGGCACAAGAUUAGACCUUUACUUUUCUUUUUCUUUUUUUUUUCGACUUUUGAAACUUGCGCUUGUUUUACUGAAUUUUUGGAGAAGAUUUGUGUGUUUAAUAUCAUUUGAAGAUUUGAGAAUAUCGAAAAUCAUUUGACCUUUUCUUCCUUGUUCCUUUGGCACUUUUGUAUAGAUGAGCUGCAGGCAGACAGAACUCAGUGACUGUCUGUAUCACAAUAAGGAAACACUGAGAGACACUCAUGCAGACGGGGCAUGUGUGAAGUACGGCAGAGAUGUCAGUGCAAGUCGUCAGAUGACUCGCUCUCUUUUUUUAGACAUUGUUGCAGCACCAAGGAUAUUUUCUCUGUGCGCUCUCCACUUGCAGUAUAUAUGUUUGAUUGAUCAUACUGAAAUGUACAUUGACCUUUGAAAUGUUGACAUAAAUAUGUUGUUGCAUCUUUCUCAGCUGUUAAAUGAUUCCUUACCAUUAUUUCUCUGCGACCUGUGUAGUAGAAAAGGCCAUGCCAUAUGUACAGAUUAUAAAAGGGCUUUUUUCUAUUGUUAAAGGUGAUUGCACUGUGCUGAAGAUCGUAAAUGUUGCUGUGUAUUAUUAUUAUUAUUAUUAUUAUUGGCACUGUUCAAAGAUGAACAUUUAAUUGUUAAACUUAGUUUUUGACAUGGGUGAAUCAUGUGAUGUGAUCUAAUGGAGAAACGCUAAGACAACUAGAGCAGCUUUAAUUCCAUGCGACUAAAACAGUAUUGGUAUCAGGAAUGUAUUGCCUUAACUUGUAGUUUGUAAUAUGAGUAUUUCAGGGUUUUUUAAGUACUUAGUCUUCUGAGGAAGAAAUGAGUAAUUACAAAUUACGUUUGAUUUGAUGUCAGACUUGCAUGAAUUUGAUAAACCAUACAUUAUAACAAACGUAAAUUGUCCUUUCACAUGCAAAUACCACACACUGUAAAUAACGCUUUAUGAAUGGAUAAAUAACGGUAUCAGUUAUCCUGGGGUGGCUUUCUGUUUUUGUUUUUGUUUCGUUUCGUUUUGUUUUUGCUUGAGUAAAUAUAUGUGAGGCAUUUUUUGUCAGAUGUCUUUACUGACUUUGACUUGGUGUUUUUAUUUUACCCAGUCAUUUGUAAAGUACAGUUGAUCGCUCGGGGUAAGCACCAGACACAUACCUUGGUUUGUCAUUAGAAAUGUGACUUGGUCAAUGUAUUUAUAUGUCUCCAGUUCAUUGAUUUGAGAAUCAUCAUAUAUACUGAAGUCAAUGCAAUAUUUCUAUGUUGAUUUGUUA